AAUCGAGGACUUAUCCAAAAUAUCUCUCAAUUCCCAAAUUACUCUAUUUUAACAAGAGAUUCCAGGAUUUGGUAUAUUGGUUCAAAUUAACAGUCGACCUAAGUAAGUUAUAAAAUUAAUUUAUUAAGGGUGCUUUAAAUUUGCUUCUGUCACUUGAAAUAAGCAUUGACUUUACACUCAACACUAAUACUAAAUAAGGCAAGAAUCCAUGUUUCUGUUCCAAGAAAACGAUGACGAAGAUGACAUUGACGAUGGUCUCACCGAACAAGUACGAAAACGACGUGCCAUAAUACGGCUAAUAGGUCUCUGCGCCAAACUCUUUCUGCUAAUGUUCGUUUGGAUAUUUGCCACAAUAGUGUUGAUUACAAAGAAGCCACAUGAGUUGGAGGAAUUCUGCGUGUCGGUGGAACCGCUUAAAGUGUACAGUACUGACAUAACAAAUGAACCGCCUCGUGGCGAGGUCGAAAUAGAUAUAGGCGCUGGAAUCGAUGAGGAGUUAAUGGAAAAUCCCGAUUUGGUUACGGAGAACUCAAGCUCUGUUAAUGUGUGGUUGCAAUAUGUGGAUAUAGAUACGAGACAAACUCUCUGGCAGAGUGAGAAAUGGACAGUCUAUCUCCUGGAAACCGAAACUAAGCAGAUGAUAGAAUACUACAAUUUUUUUAAAGUUUCCCCGAAAGAAUCGUCGACCAAUGUACUUCAGCUGGCGAUGAACACGACCAGUAAACAAAUUGAAUCGUUAUUGACGAGGUUGGAUGUAUCUCCGGUGGAUACGUCUGGCGGUGUUAUAUAUGCAUUUCUAUUGUUGAUCUUCCUUUAUGUUCUUAUAAUUUGGGAUAUUACGGACCGAACGUUCGCUGCGUUGUUAACCUCUAGUGCGUCAAUUGGAGUCCUCGCCCUAAUGGACGCCAGGCCAUCACUUAAAACUAUAUUGUCUUGGAUUGAUAUAAGCACUUUGAUGCUCCUUUUCGGUAUGAUGGUCUUGGUUGGAAUUUUAUCAGAGUCUGGAGUAUUUGACUAUCUAGCCGUUGUGGCCUAUCGCCAAUCUAAAGGACAUGCCUGGCCGCUGAUAUUUUUCUUGUGCUGUUUUACUGCCAUUAUCGCGUGUGUUUUGGAUAAUGUCACAAUGGUUAUGCUCAUGGUUCCGGUAACUAUUCGUUUGUGCGAGGUAAUGCGUCUGCGGACUAUUGAAGUAUUAAUAAGCAUUGUCAUAUUCUCGAAUCUUGGCGGUACCAUAACGCCAGUGGGUGACCCCCCAAAUGUGAUUAUAGUCUCGGAACCCUUUGUCGCUAAACGAGGAAUUAACUUUCUCAGUUUUACUGUGCACAUGCUUCCAGGUGUACUUUUCAGCAUGUUGGGGACUUUUGGCGUACUAUACUUAAUGCUGCGUAAUAGGAUACACAUGAGUGAGGGUGAACAGAGAAGAAAAUCCUUAAAGGUCCUAAACAAAGAGAUGGCCAAGGUGUUUGCCACAACGGAGGUCGAGGAUCAAUUGAGGGAGGCUAUAUCAAAACGCAUUGACGAGAUUAAGGCAGCACAUCGUAAUAAAAAUUCGUCAUUUCUUAGGCCAGUACCAAAUUUUAUCGACACCCUUGCUGAGCUGGAGGUGAAGCAUAAGAUAAGGAAUGUGCCUUUAUUAAUCAAAUCCAGUAUUGCCAUGGGUCUUGCCGUUUUACUGUUUCUUCUUCAUUCAUUUCCCUUCAUGGAAGCCGCCAUAUUACCCUGGAGUGCUGUAUUAGCUGCUUUGCUGCUUCUCAUUCUAACGAAUUCGAAUGAUUUAGAAGUUGUACUAGCAAAAGUGGAAUGGUCGACAUUACUCUUCUUUGCCGCUCUGUUCGUACUUAUGGAAGUACUGGCUCAAUUGGGUUUAAUCUUGUGGAUCGGAGAAAAAACAAUAUCUGUAAUAGUCUCAGUCAGCAGAGAGCAUCAGUUAACAGUUGCCUUUUCAUUACUUCUGUGGGUCUGUGCUAUAACUUCAGCUUUUGUUGAUAAUAUUCCGAUUACCACUAUGAUGUUGAGAGUGGUCAUUGCAUUGGCCAAAAGUACGACCCUUAAUUUACCGAUCGCUCCCCUCAUCUGGGCACUAGCCUUUGGAUCUUGUUUUGGUGGCAAUGGCACUUUGAUCGGUGCAUCGGCAAAUGUCGUUACAGCGGGCUUAGCCAAUCAACAUGGCUACAGAAUAACUUUCAUGGACUUCUUCAAAUUUGGGUUUCCCGUCAUGAUUGUCUCUGUUGUGGUGUGCCAGAUAUAUCUACUCAUUGCGCAUUCCCUCUUUUCAUGGCAUUGAAAUUGAGCACGACGAUCUUAUUGAAAACUUGAAUCUAUCAAUCCAUCCUAAAUGGAUUAGGAAAGUUAUUGGUGACAAAUCACAAUCAAUCUAUAAAAGACUUUGUGCUUUGACUCCAAUAACUUUUCUAAUCAAAUUAGUAGAUGGCGUUUCAUAUUCAAUACUUGAUACUCAACUCUUGCAUUCAGAAAAUGGAAUUCCUACCGAUUUUGAGAAAUUUAAUGUUACAUUACAACAGUCUAGUGACGGGGUCAAAGGGGGGAUUUAGGUUGUACUGUAUUGACAUUAACGAAGUUGUAUUCUUAUAUUAUUAACAUUAAAUUAAAAGUCAUUUUAGUAAAACAA